UUUUUUUGCAAAUUCAUGAUAUGGAACACAACCCAUAUCCAAAGAAAUUUAUUGCAGUUUUUGAAAACGGGAACCACAAAUGAAUGAACAAAUUUCCCUCUUCUUAAUUUCAUCUUCUUCUCCAUCUUCUUCCUGUUCUUGUUUAUUUGGGUGAAAAAUUAAAACAUUUGAAUCGACUAAAAAAAGGAGACUUGCUUGCUGGGUAGGCGGGCUUUCCUCAGUUUCUACACCUACCCUGAAUCACGGUUUUCAUUGCAUACGUGGCGCGAAUCCCUUGGGGGUUCUCCUCUUUUUGUCUUUCUUUGGAGAAGAUCUUGAUUGUGAUUAUGUUUAUUGCUUUUUCCAGGUAAAAUCAUUCCCCUUCUCCCCCCCCCACCCCCACUGGACGAAAUAUACCACGCAUGUUCAUUUUGUUAUCUUUUUUAUUAGCUUGUUGCCGUUAGAUAAGGAUUGAAUUUGAGAAGGAAAGGAAGAGUUAUAAAGUUAUAGAUGUAUUACGUUUCUAAUCCGUUAAAUUGAGAUUAUAGAAUAUCGAGGCGAGUCCCUCGUUUAAUUUACGCGUGGAAGUGAUCUCAAGACAGAUGGGUCUGAGUUGGGUCAUGCACAGGAGCGUGUUUUGAUCUCGUCUUCUAGUGGUUGAGGUGGUUUUUAUGAUUUCCAGCUUCUAGCUACUUUAAAUUCCGUGAAGUUGUUUGUUUCGACUUGGCUCGAGUUCUCUCUUGGUGAUUUACGGAUAAAAACCACUUUCUGGUUGCUGUGGUUUUGAUUUUCCCUUUGUUUUGAUUAUAUGAGAAUUAGAGAGAUUCAAAUUCAGUCUAAUUGAUUGGUACUGUGUCCCGCGAUGAACAAUUAGCAGCAGCCGAGUGCUGUCAAUCAGUGCUGAUUGUGUAUGAUUGCCCAAAGGAUUCAAAGAGAAUUUCAGGUACUUAUUGUCAGGAUUGAAGAUGUUUUGAAUUGUAAUCUGGGUUUGAAUUUUUAUGGUUGCUGCCUUAGACAUGGUUAAUUAGGAGGGUGUGAAUUGUCAAAUGAGCAUAGCAUAAUGAGUGGGGAGGUAGGACUGUUCGUAGAUGGAUGACCGGGAUAAUAAAGUAUUUUCCGAGUUAUAUGAGUUGCUGAAAUCCUGGAUCGCUUGGCGAUCUGAGCCAGCUAAAGUGUCCAGGGAUUUUUGGAUGCCUGAUCAGAGCUGUAGAGUAUGCUACGAGUGUGAUACCCAGUUUACAGUAUUUAACCGCCGACACCAUUGUAGACUUUGUGGCCGAGUUUUCUGUGGCAAGUGUACAGCAAAUUCAAUUCCUGUCUCUUUGGCUGACUCUAGAACUCCUCAAGAAGAUUGGGAAAGGAUUCGUGUUUGUAAUUAUUGUUUUAAGCAAUGGGAGCGGGGGACUACAACGCUUGACAAUGGCAUCAAUGUCUCCCAUCUGGAUCUUAGUUCUUCACCUUCAGAUAUUAGUAUUGCCAGUGGAAAAUCUAGUGGGACUGGUAACAGCGGUUCCGUCACUAUUGCCUCCAUGCCACACCUAACUCUACCUUACCAACGCGUUCAAUGUAGUUCUGGUAUUAGUGUGAACCAGUCAUCGGAUAUAACGGAGGAAACAAGCACCUAUGGGGAAAGCAAAUUAGCAACAAGGAGUGAUGAUUUUAUUCCCGAAAUGGGAGAUCCUUGCCCAUUUACACCAAAGAGGAAUGACUGUGAAGAGGAUGAUUAUGGUGUAUACCGGACUGAUUCUGGGACUAGGCAUUCUUCUCAAGUCAAUGGCUUCUACAGUCAGGCUGAAUUUGAUGAGAUGAGGGGUAGUUAUGGAUCACAUAAGUUGCAUCCUGGUGUAGGAACUAUUGAACAAAAAAGUUUAAGCAGUUCUCCAUUGUUAAGGGAUGGUUUUGAUUCAUUGAGUUUGGAAGGGAUCUCACAAACAGGGAAGAAAGAUGAGAACGAUAUUAGUGAUGAAUGUGAAGUAUCUGAAGAUGUAGAUGCUGAGCCUGUGGAUUUCGAGAAUAAUGGGCUUCUCUGGCUUCCUCCUGAACCGGAAGAUGAAGAAGAUGAAAGAGAAGCCACCCUAUUUGAUGAUGAUGAUGAUGACGACAAUGGAGAUGCUGCAGGAGAAUGGGGAUAUCUACGAACAUCCAGUAGUUUUGGAAGUGGGGAGUACCGUAAUAAGGAUAGAUCAGGCGAGGAGCACAAGAAAGCAAUGAAGAAUGUGGUUGAUGGCCAUUUUAGGGCCUUGGUAGCGCAAUUAUUACAGGUUGAAAACCUUCCAGUAGGUGACCAAAAUGAAGAGAGCUGGUUGGAUAUCAUCACAUCUCUCUCAUGGGAGGCUGCAAAUCUAUUAAAGCCUGAUACAAGCCAAGGUGGGGGGAUGGACCCUGGUGGAUAUGUUAAAGUAAAGUGCGUAGCUUCUGGAAAUCGCAGAGACAGCAUGGUGGUGAAAGGAGUUGUUUGCAAGAAAAAUGUGGCUCAUCGACGGAUGACAUCAAAAAGAGAGAAACCUCGGUUGCUGAUCCUUGGUGGGGCUCUUGAAUACCAGCGUGUUUCUAACCUAUUAUCAAGUUUUGAUACUCUGUUGCAGCAGGAAAUGGAUCAUUUGAAGAUGGCAGUGGCAAAGAUAGACGCCCACCAUCCUAACAUCCUUCUAGUAGAGAAAUCAGUUUCUCGAUUUGCACAGGAGUACCUUCUUGCUAAAGACAUAUCCCUUGUUCUCAAUAUUAAAAGGCCACUUUUGGAACGGAUAGCUCGCUGCACUGGUGCUCAAAUAGUCCCUUCAGUUGAUCAUCUUGCUUCCCCAAAGCUUGGUUACUGUGAGAACUUUCAUGUAGAGAGGUUCGUUGAAGAUCUUGGUACUGCUGAUCAGGGUGGGAAGAAGUUAGUGAAAACGCUGAUGUAUUUUGAAGGCUGCCCAAAGCCAUUGGGUUGUACUAUUUUACUGAGAGGUGCUAAUCAGGAAGAGUUGAAGAAAGUGAAGCAUGUGGUGCAGUAUGGAGUUUUUGCAGCAUAUCAUUUGGCUUUAGAGACAUCUUUCCUUGCAGAUGAAGGAGCCACGCUACCAGAGCUCCCAUUAUAUUCUCCAAUCAAUGUUGCACUUCCAGAUAAACCAUCAAGCAUUGACAGAUCCAUUUCCACAGUCCCUGGUUUCAAUGUCUCCGCCAGUGAAAGAUUUCCAGGACCCCAACAAGGCAGUAAACCACAAAGAUCUGGAAGUGCCCCCACAUCAGAUCUGCGAUCAUCUAUUGGCAUUUCUUCUGUUCAAAAGAUGGAAAUUGUACCACUGCCUUGUUUAGCCAAUGGUUAUAGCUCACAAAUGGCACAAACAAGUACAGGUUUCGUUGGUUCAACUGGCCCUACCUUCUCCGCUACUUUAGGCCAAGCUGUUAACAUCAACAAUGGGCUUUUCCCUGACCACUUAUUUCAGGAGAGAAAUAAAAUGGCUCCAAACCUCAAAGCAUCUUUGGUGGUAGACACAUCUGCGGCCAGGAAUGGCUUGCCUGUUAUCAUUAAUGAUUUUGAACCUCCAGCAGUUUUGAGACAAAGUGUUUCAACAAAUAGUUCACAAAAUGACCAAGGUCCCAUCAUUGGAACUCAAACAGAUGGUUUAGAGGUAUCAUCCGCGCAACAUAAUUCUAAUAUUAAUCCCAAGGAGCCAGGAUCUCUAAAAGAAGAGUUUCUACCAUCACCUUCUGACCACCAGAGCAUUUUGGUUUCUUUAUCAUCCCGGUGUGUGUGGAAGGGAACUGUUUGUGAGAGGUCCCAUCUCUUUCGAAUCAAAUACUAUGGCAGCUUUGAUAAACCUUUGGGCCGUUUCUUGCGGGAUCAUUUAUUUGAUCAGAGUUAUCGAUGCCGUUCUUGUGAGAUGCCAUCAGAAGCACAUGUUCAUUGUUACACUCAUCGACAGGGCACUCUCACCAUAUCUGUUAAGAAGUUGCCAGAAAUUCUCUUGCCAGGUGAAAAGGAGGGAAAGAUCUGGAUGUGGCAUAGAUGUCUGCGUUGUCCGCGAAUUAAUAGUUUCCCUCCAGCUACAAGGCGUGUAGUGAUGUCUGAUGCUGCCUGGGGCCUAUCAUUUGGGAAGUUUUUAGAGCUUAGUUUUUCAAAUCAUGCCGCUGCUAGCAGGGUGGCAAGCUGUGGCCAUUCUCUCCACAGAGAUUGCCUUCGUUUCUAUGGAUUUGGCAAAAUGGUUGCUUGCUUUCUGUAUGCAACAAUUAAUGUUCAUUCUGUAUAUCUUCCACCUGCAAAACUUGAUUUCAACUAUGAGAUUCAGGAGUGGAUACAAAAGGAAUCAGAUGAGGUGAUACAGCGGGCAGAGCUUCUAUUUUCUGAGGUCCUGAAUACCCUCAGUCAAAUUACAAAGCAAGGGUAUGAAAAAGGGUUGCCGAAUAGUAAUGUGAAAUCUUCUGAAUCUAGGCAUCAAAUUGCCGAACUGGAAGCAAUUUUGCAGAAGGAAAAGGCAGAAUUUGAGGAAAGUAUCCAAAAAGCUCUGAGGACAGAGGGGAAAAAGGGCCAACCUAUUAUUGACAUUCUUGAGAUUAACCGACUGAGAAGGCAGUUACUUUUUCAAUCUUAUAUAUGGGACCACCGCCUGAUUUAUGCAGCCAGUUUAGAUAAAAACAGCCCUCAGAAUGGCUUCAGCAAUGAAAUUCCAGAACAUGAGAAACCUCUAGUUGAAAGUGAGAAGCCCCUGGAAACGAAUGUGGCUACCCACCACAGGAAAGCCUCUAAUUGUUCUGACUCUCUUCUUGUGGAUGCAAAGCUUUAUAACAGCCCUGGUAAGGAAGAAUUCGGUGGAAGCAUUAACCAUGAGGGUAUUGUUCAUCAAGAAGUGAAACAGAGUGGAGAUUCAAAUCAUGAAAUGGAAAUUCACGCAAAACUUUCUUCUAACAGGAGUUUCUCUUAUCAAUCUAACUCUCUGAAAAGUAGAAAAGAUGUCCCUCGAGUGCUUUCCGAUGGGCACAUUCCUACAAUGAAAAAUUUAACAGAUACUCUGGAUGCAGCAUGGACAGGUGAAAAUCACCCAGGCACUGUAAUACCAAAUGAUAAUAGUGUUAUAUUUUCUGAUUCUGCUGUCGCAGAUUCUUCAACUAUGUUGGUGGGGUCAGAGGGCUUGGAUCUGGAGGACUCCUCAGAAGGCCACAAAGGGCUCAAGGUUGUCCAUUCGUUCUCACAUUUAUUGCCUACCAAGAGCUUUGAGAAUAUAGAAGACUCUUUAAGCUGGUUAGGAAUUCCGUUUUUGAACUGGUACCGAUCGGUCAACAAGAGCUUUUUAGCAAGUUCUCAGAAACUUAGUACAUUCGUUGAGUAUUAUCCAGUCUACAUUUCAUUGUCUCGGGAGUCGGAACUGCAAGGUGGAGCCAGACUGCUUCUGACUUUGGGUGUUAACGACACCGUUAUUCCAGUUUAUGAUGAUGAGCCCACUAGUGCUAUUGCUUAUGCUCUAGCAUCACCUGAAUAUCAUCUCCAACUGUCUGAUGAAGGGGAAAGACCUAAAGAUGGUGUGGAUUCUCUGGCUUUAUCAGCUUCUGAUCAAAUGACUAAUUCCCACUCUGCUGAUGAAACAACCAGUGAUCCUUAUAGAAGUCUUGCCUCAACACCUGAGAGCAGCUUAUCUAUGUCUGGAUCUCAUAGCCUGCUGAUUUCUGACCCACUUUCAUAUACAAAAGGUUUUCAUGCCAGAGUUUCAUUUGAAGAUGAUGGUCCUCUCGGCAAGGUGAAAUAUUCUGUGACUUGUUACUAUGCAAAGCGGUUUGAAGCACUGAGGAGAAUAUGCUGCCAAUCCGAGCUUGAUUACUUAAGAUCUCUUAGCCGUUGUAAGAAGUGGGGAGCUCAGGGUGGCAAGAGCAAUGUAUUUUUUGCAAAAACGCUGGAUGAUCGCUUUAUAAUUAAACAAGUUACAAAGACAGAGUUGGAGUCAUUUAUAAAAUUUGGACCAGCAUAUUUCAAGUACUUAUCAGAAUCAAUUAGCACCAAGAGUCCAACUUGCUUGGCGAAGAUUUUGGGAAUUUAUCAGGUUACUUCGAAGCAUUUUAAAGGUGGGAAAGAAUCAAGGAUAGAUGUUCUAGUUAUGGAGAAUCUUUUGUUUGGAAGAAGCAUAACGCGGCUCUAUGAUCUCAAGGGAUCUUCUCGAUCACGGUAUAAUCCUGAUUCUAGUGGGAGCAACAAAGUCCUGCUGGAUCAGAACUUGAUUGAAGCAAUGCCAACUUCCCCUAUUUUUGUUGGUAACAAGGCGAAGCGUUUGUUAGAGAGAGCUGUCUGGAAUGACACUGCUUUCCUUGCAUCAGCUGAUGUAAUGGAUUACUCAUUAUUGGUUGGAGUGGACGAGGAGAAGCAUGAAUUGGUUCUAGGCAUCAUUGAUUUCAUGAGGCAAUAUACGUGGGACAAGCAUCUUGAAACAUGGGUGAAAGCUUCAGGCAUACUUGGUGGCCCAAAGAAUGCAUCACCAACCGUAAUUUCACCUAAGCAAUACAAGAAAAGGUUCAGAAAAGCCAUGACUACCUAUUUCUUGAUGGUCCCUGAUCAAUGGUCCCCUCCUCAUAUCAUUCCAAGUAAAAGCCAGUCUGAUUUAUGUGAAGAAAACUCACAAUGUAGUACUCCAGCUGAAUGAGUCAAUGAAUUUUAUAUUGUACAGUGAAAUGUGUGAAGUGGGAAUUUACUACAAACCCACAGGUCUCAGGUCUUUUUUUCUCCCCUAGUUCAUAUAUUUGUUUUUCAUAGUUCUAAAAUUCUUUUAGGUAGAAAUUCCUUUUCUGUUUUUAGAGUCAUUAUUGUUUUCUAGGAGAUGCAGAACAAAUCUAUUAAAAGAAAACCACAGGAAUCUCUGUCACAGGUACAGUAUUGGAUUACCUCUCUCCAGAGUCUUUGUACAAGUAUUUGUUCAUGUACUUAGCAUUCAAGAGUGUAAAUGAAUUGGGGGGUUUUUCUUUUCAGCUUUUAUUUUUAAUGGUAAUGAGUGAAAGUGCAUCCAGUUUUACCU